AUGCCGCGCAGCGGUGGAAAGGAGGGCAAGCUGGCUUGCAGCGUGUCCCACGGCCGCUCAGCCUCCUACUACCUGCCGCCCAGGUACCGGGAGCGGCCAGUUCCGGUGGCGGUGCUGCUGCACGACGGCGGCGGUACCGGGCGGGACAUGGUGCAGGCGUUCCGCCAGCUGGCGCAGGCGCAGCGCUUUGCCAUAGUGGCGCCGGAUUCUAAGGUACCGUGGUACUGGUUCCCCAAGUUUGGGGCCGCCGGCGAGGAUCCGGCCCACGUGGUCGCCUGCCUGGCCGAGGCGCUGGCGCUGCCCGGCGUGUCGCUGGACGCGCAGCGCCUGCUGGUGGCCGGGUUCGGAGAAGGCGGCACCUUUGCCCCCUACAUCGCCUUCUCCACCCCCGCCGUCACCGCGCUCGCCAUGCUGCACGCGCCGCUGGAGGAAAACCUGCUGCGCCUGCGCAACAUGCCGCACGUGUGGUACAGCGGCGGCAAGCGGGACGAGCGGCUGGAUUACGUCACCUUCAACUCCUCGGCCGCGCAGCUGAGGCUGUACUGCAACCUGCCCUCCCUCACCAUCAAGCCCCGCGUCGCCUACCCUUCCAAGCACCGCCUGGAGGAGCGGGAGAAGAAGGAGGUGGUGGCCUGGUGGUUGGCGUCUGCAUAA